UAGUAGCUUACUGUUGCUUCACGAUUAAAAAGACAAUCGCGAAUAGCGCAAACGCAAACGCAAACGCAAUUAAUUAGGUAUAAGUUUAUUGUGGUGCGUGUCGCGUAGUCGCAACCAUUGAGAAUAAUAUUUAUUUUCAAACAAUUCGUGUUUCGUUUAGAUUACCCGUUGACGUAAUUUACAGUUCUCUAUUCCAACUUAUAGUUCGAACUUCGAUAAUAAUUUGCACUUUGCGUGAAAAAGGCUCAUGAUAAUAUUGAAGUGACGGAAUUAAUUAUCUUAUUCAUUUAGCUGAAUUUCUCUUUUUUCGUAAGUUCGAAAUGUGCCUUUGAUGUUCAAUUUUGGUUAAGUGGUUAAGUUUAUAUAACACUCUGCAUACAAGUAAUUUAACCGCAUAGGAACAACAAACCGUAGGAUGGCUGAAGCGAAGUUGAAUGGACAUCACAAAGAAGAUUUUCCCGCCGGAGUUAAAGUGGAAGAGAUAGAGAUACCAGUGCCGUGGGGGCACGUAUCGGCUCGAUGGUGGGGCCUCCGGAACAAGCAGCCACUGAUAGCCAUCCACGGGUGGCAGGACAACGCCGGUACUUGGGACAAACUUAUCCCUUUACUGCCAGCUAACACUUCCGUCCUUUGUAUAGACCUACCUGGACAUGGUCUCUCAUCGCCUUACCCCACCGGUAUGGUUUAUUACAUAUUCUGGGACGGGAUUGUCCUUUUGAGGCGAAUAGCUAAAUAUUUUAAAUGGCAGAAAAUUUCACUUAUGGGACACUCCUUGGGCGGAGCGUUGAGUUUCAUGUACGCUGCAUCAUUCCCCGACGAAGUUGAUAAAAUUAUCUGCAUUGAUAUCGCGAGUCCCGCGGUCAGAGCGCCCCAGCACAUGGUCCAAAAUACAGGGUCGAUGGUAGAUAAGAACCUCGAAUACGAGGGCUUAUCGGAAGAUAAAAUACCUUGUUACGAUUACGAGGAAAUGAUUGAUAUCGUGUGCGAAGCUUAUAAAGGCUCCGUCUCAAGGGAAAACUGCAAGGUUCUCAUGAAGAGGGGCAUGGCUCCAACACCAGCGCAUAUGAAGAAGAAGGGCUACUACUUCAAGCGAGACCCUAGACUCAAAGUUGCUGGCUUCGCAAUGAUGUCCAUAGAAACUGCUCUUGAAUACGCCAGUAAGGUCACAUGCAAGGUUUUGAAUAUAAGGGCCAUUCCAGGUCAGAAAUGGGAGAGGCUGGACUAUUAUUUGGAUGUAGUCGAGAAAUUAAAAAGGACAGCAACUGUCAGUUACUUCGAAGUCGAAGGAACCCAUCACGUCCAGUUGAACGCACCGGAAAACAUAGUCAAUAUAAUUGAGGACUUUUUAGAGUUAUAUUAGCUCAGUAAAUUAGCUUUAAGGGCCUCCGCAAACCACAGAUUUUUAAUCGACUGUUAGUUUAUUGGUUGGUUUCUUCUUCUUUUUGGUUUAUUAGUUCCGCGCGCUGAGCGAUUGAACCAUUGAUUGUCAAGUUAUUGGUUGGUUAAUAAUAAUAAAUCUUUAUUGUGAUAAAAACCCAAAAAGGACAUAAGUAAAUAAAGUUAUGAUACUGCAAAAAUUACGAUACGUUUAAAGAAGGUUGUAAAGUCCGUAGCACAUUCACCGAAGCAUAGGUAUUCUAUAAAAUUAAUAAACAGGCAAUCUUGCGCAUGUGAUGUAAAUUAAAUAAUUUUGCAUGUGAUAACGAUUGGUAUCUUAUCAGCUUCCAAUGAAUUUAAAUGCCGUAGUGCUUAUUAUAGAAUUCCCAUUUUAAAUUACCGUAUGCGUGAACGCGACAGUCGCGCGUUUUUUGAGACGUUGGCUGAUUCGAAACAAUUUAAAUUUGUUUGCGUUGAUUGUGGAAUUCAUAUUCACGAAAGUAUUCCUGCUAUCUCAACACAACCUUAUAGUAUCCAACAAAUCGCACCGUUCAAUAACUAAUCGUCAUCGCGUUCAUAUCUACAAGUAAAGUGUUUACUUUACUUGUAGAUACGCGAUGUGUAGCGUCGGCGUUUUUUUGUAUUCACCAUGAAUCGAUUUUGAAAUCAAUCGAUUAAGCCAACGGACUGAUUGAAAGUCUGUAGUCUGCGUGGGCUCUAAUAAUGUGAUAUUUAAUGUGAUGUAGCUAAGAGUGCACAAAAAAAGAUAAAUAUCCCAAUUAGCAUAAAUAGUUAGCAAUACAAACAAACGCUAUUAGAGCACACACAUUUACAUGGGUUUAGGAAGUGCUACAAGCUGUACAAGAGUUCUAUAAUAGUGCAGGUUCAAUAGCGUUUUAUCUGUAAAUAGUCAAUUUUUCUUAUAUUUUUUUUUUAUCUUUCUGUUCCUUUGUAAAGUAUUUUAUUAAAGUAUACAAACAAACAUAUAUAGAAAUAGAAAUUAUCUCUUUUUAACUUAUUGGUUUUUUAUAUAACGACCCAUUACCGAUUUUAUUCAUCUGACAAGACACAAAUUUUGCAGGAGGAGUUUAAUUAAAAUAUUCUUACAGAUAAAUAUGCUGUUAAAUA